CACGUCGACGUGGGGGUAGGGGAGGGGUUGAAGAAGAGGUCUCGCCGGCUUACCUGGGGGGUGCAACUGGGUAGGGCCGAGUGCGGCUGGGUUGUGUUUCGGUUUUGUGUGUGGCGGGUAACAGGAAGGUCUUACUAUUUGGUGGAAUUGUGAUCUUGUUCGGGUGGUUUGUGUCUGAAUUUUAGGUACCGGCCGGUGAUUUGUGGUAAUCGUGGGAGCGCACCACGCAGAUACCUUGCCUGUAACAAUCUACACUUCACGUGGUAGCUAUUGAAGCACGUACCUAAUCGGGACGUGAAAUCCUUCACUGGUGCAAUAUGUCGGGUGAAACACAAGCCAGACGGCGCAAGGACAAGAAGAAGAAGAGGGGUCGAGGAGAGGCUCCUGGGGCAUCUGGGGAUGAACCCUGGCAGGAGACCUUCCAUGCCACCACCCAUGAUGAUGACAAGUUUUAUGUAGAGCCAGACUCGGUCAGCGACGACGGCACGGGCGAAGAGGAUGUAAAGGAGCACUCGGAGGGCGGCAGCGGCUGCCUCACCGUGAUCGUCUUCCUCGUGCUGCUGGCCGGCGUCGGGGUGCUCCUCGGCCUCAUCUACGUCCAGACACAGGGAAUACGGCAUGUGGAAGCACCGGCGCCGGCGGCCCAGUUCGCGCCCGUGGUGGAGAAGGUGCAGGAGGCGGUGCCGCCGCCGCCCGCCGACGCCACGGGAGACGAGCAGCCGGCCGGUCAGCAGCCGCAGGAGGGGGCGGCUGGCUCGCCGGAGGAGGUGAAGCAGGUGGUGUACGUGGAGGCGCCCGAACCGGGCAUCCAGCUGGAGGGCUCAGAGCCGGUGAUUUCCGAGCAGUUCGUGCGCGCCGAUGCGGCCGUCGAGCAGCUGCAGGACGCGCCGGCCGCCGGCGGUGACCCCAAUGUCGUGCUGGAGGAGCGCCGCGUGCGCGUGCGGCAGGUGCUGCGGCAGAUUACGGACCCAGACGGCACCGUGCGCGAGGAGGUCGUGUCCGAGGAGGUGAUCGAGGAAAUCGAAGACGAGGCAGCGGCCUCUGACUCAGGGACGGCAGCGGCGGGCGAGGCGGCCGGGUCGGCGGACGUCACCGCCGACACCCCCGAGCCAGCGGUCGCAGCUGCUGGCGUGACGGAGCCGGAGAGCGUCACUGCCGAGGCGGCGGCGCCGCUCGAGGGGGCCGACGAUCUGGUGGUAGAGGUGGAGGACGAGGAGGUAGCUAUUCCCGUUGUGGAGGAGCCUGUAGUGGAGCAGCAGCCGGCCGACGCGCGGCCCGGCGAGAGUGUGGAGAGUGCGCGUGUGCCAGUAGUAGACCCAGUACAGCGGCCGGAGCAGCCGGCCCGCCCGCAUGAUCAGCCAAAGCAUGAGCAGAAGUCGACGCAGGAGAAGAAAGCCAAAGAAGCGGCGAAGCAGCACGACAAAGAGGAGGUAGCUAAAGCUGCUGAGCAGCCGACCAAGAAAGCGAAGGAUGCAGGGACGCAGAAGAAGGCGCCUACCGAGAAACCGGUAGAGAAGCCGACAGAAAAGCCGGCAAGGAUUGAAACACCCACUGAAAAACCAGCGAAAAAAGAGAAGCCUACUGAGAAGCCGGUGGGGGAAAAGCCAGCAAAGAAAGAAACUACUGCUGAAGAGCCCAAGAAGAAGAAAAAAUCCAAGAAGGCAGCGAAGGAGGAGGCGUCAGCUGGUAAACCGACGGACAAGGCGGCGCACCCGGGAAAGUCUGCGAAGGAGAGCUCCUCUGACAAGCCAGCGUCGGCGGACAAACCGGCACGACAGCCGACGGCAAGCGAGGAAGCCGAGGUCAAGCGUGUGCAGUCGGGUAAGCCAGCGGAGAAACCGUCAGGUGGAUCCCCGAAAAGCUCGGAGUCUCCUAAAAAGUCUGCAGAAAAGCAGGACAAAGUCAAACCGGUAGAAAAGCCCAAAGCAGAUGAAGGAGUGAAGGCUCGGAAAGACUCGGAGCCUGCGAAGAAACAGGAAAGGGGGAAAGCUGACUCAGGCGGCCCGAAACCGGCGGAUAAGCCAGCGAAAAAGUCGUCUGAAGGAAGUGCUAAGCCCAGUGCACACGUAGAUCGGCCUUCAAAGCGUGAUACUGACAAGCAUGCCAAAAAACCUAACAAGGCGGCGCCGCCGACGGCCGCGCCCGAGGAGCCCGAGCCGGCCGAGGCGUCCUACGACAAGGCCGACAUCACAGGCGCCGACGACUGGGAGGUUCGCGGCGAGCUGGACGCCGCCGACGCCCUGCUGCAGACGGACGCGGCCGCCGGCCUGAACGCGUUCGGCGCCAUCCUGUCGCGCCGGCCGCGCUCGCCGCGCGCUCUCUGGGGGCGCGCGCGCGCGCUCAAUGCGCAGGCGCAGCAGGAGCGCAGCAACAACGUGCUGGACAAGGCCAUCAGCGCCUUCAAGGCUGUGCUGGACCUGGACGUGGAGAAGCCGCUGCCGCUGGCGCUGUUCCGCCAGGUGGCCGAGACUUGCGUGCAGCAGAUGAGGUUCAGGGGCCAAAUGGACCAGGCGGCACGCAUCCAGCAGCGCCUCAUUCAGAAGUUCCCGGACGACUACAUGCUGCGCAACCACCUGGCCACCGUGUUCCUGACGUACGGCCAGGAGGCGGCCGCUGAGGAGGUGCUGCAGGAGGUGUUGCGGCUGUGGCCCAACAACGGUUACGCCAAGGUGCACCUGGGCUUCGUGCGGCGCCAGCAGGGCCGGCACGAGGAGGCGGCGCUCCUCAUGCAGCAGGGCCUCGACACGAACGAGCCGGGCGUGCACGACAAGCGCUUCUACCACAACCUGGGCGACUCGUACCACCGCAUCGGCCAGCUGGAGAAGGCGCGCGAGACGUAUGAGGAGGGCGUGCGCCGAGGCCUGCUGCUCAGUGCCGUGCAGCGCUCACUCUACAACGUGGACCGGCUGACGGCCCGGCCGUACUGGACGGCCGAGCAGACAGGCAGCGCCGAGCUCAUCAGCGAGCUGGAGGCCCACUGGGAGACGAUCCGGGCCGAGAUGCUGUCGCUGCUCAGCUCGGACCGGCCCGAGGACGGCUUCCAGCCGGAGCAGGAGCAGCUGAGCAAGAGCGGCGACUGGAAACAGUUCACGCUGUUCCGGCGCGGCCGGCGCGACCAGUACGCCUGCGCCAAGGCGCCCAAGACGUGCGCGCUGGUGCAGCGCUUCCCGGAGGCGGCAGGCUGUCGGCGCGGCCAGGUCAAGUUCAGCAUGCUGGCGCCGGGCACGCGCGUCUGGCCGCACACGGGCCCCACCAACUGUCGGCUGCGCUGCCACCUGGGCCUGCAGGUGCCGCCCGGCGCUGGCAUCACGGUGGCCGGUCAGAACAGGACGUGGGAGGAGGGCAAAGUGCUGAUCAUCGACGACAGCUUCGAGCACGAGGUGUGGAACGACGGCGAGCGGACGCGCUACAUCCUCAUCGUGGACAUCUGGCACCCGGAGCUGACGGAGGAGGAGCGGCGCACGCUGCCCACCAUUUAGCGGCGCCGACCGCUCGGCUCUGUGAUGACGCCGGCUCCGGCGAGCGCUGCGGCUGCUGGGAGGGAGUUGAAUGGGACAAGAUUAGGUGCGCGGUGGCAGGCGCGGCCCGAAGGCGACCUCUGCUCUUUUACAUGGCGCGUGGCCAGGCCGGCCGGCGCUGUGCGGUGCGGUGCGGUGCGGUGCGGUGCGGUGCGCGGUGCGGUGCGGGUGCGGUGCCGUGCGGCGGGUGCGCGCGUUUCCCCGUGUGUGUGUGUGCGAGUGUCCCGCGUGCUCCCCGUGUGUCGCGUUGGCGCGGCGUGUCCUGCGGCGGGCGGGCGCGCGCGGUCGACGCGCGAGCUUACCGAUCCUGCGGGAGCCGCGCGCGGCCCGCCCGCCUUGGAGUGUUGUGACGGACCGCCCGGCCGGGAUCUGUCGGCCUCGGGGAAGUCGGGAGUCGUUGCCAACGGCCGGCUGCGGCCUUGCGCUUACGCACCGCCCGACGGAGAAAACUCAUUGUACAGAGCUCUUUUAUUAUCAACUGACACUGGCAGACGCGAAAUACAAGAGUCGGCCAGACUCUCGGGCCCCGA